CGAUAAGAGCCGAGAAGAGGCAGACCCGAAUAGUAGCCAGAAAUCCACAACACGUUUGGAAGUCUAGUCACAUUUUCUUAACGCUUUGGUCUGUAUUCCUGCAUAUCAUCCCACUUGUGCCAGCCUGUUCGCAACUUUUUGCACCCACCUGGCGCUUUUCAAACAUUUUCUGCGGUCAAGAAGAAGCUUGGUGACUGGCUGUCGCGGUGAUCAUUAAAUAACCCACUUCACCGCAUUUUAUCCAUCACAGAGGAAAAUUGCCGUCCGUUUGUGACAUGUGGUAACAGUUAAGGGUUGUGUGAAGCCAACCUUUGCAGACUCUACCCAUGUUCUGUAAUGGAGAACUGCAAAGGCAAUUGGAAUGGCUCGAUCUCCACAUUUGUUGCCAGAAACUGAGCUAUCAACACAGCUAGCGACCCACAGCUGCAUCAGUUGGGAACCCAAAUGUCCUUGUGAACAUUCUCUUUGGCCACCAUCCCUGGGUUCAGCAAGAGAGGCCUAUUUUGGGAGUUCCCAGCCUGUCUCUUCUCUGCUUUCGACAACAUUCGCCAGAAGAACCUUCUCCCUGGUGACUCUCCUCUGUGACGCCCCAGGAUGAACGGGUACGCAAACCCCACCUACCCCUCCGGCGGGUUCGGCUCCUACACCUCCCAGCUAAAUGGCCAUGGCUCACAGUCUCCAGAGCCCCCGGAGCACAAAGCCAAGUCCAGUGCUAAAGCCCUCUAUGAGCAAAGGAAACACUACACCAAGACCAGUAUCAACAGUAUGACGGACACAUCCCAGUACCACGUGGAGCACCUCACCACGUUCGUGAUGGACCGCAAGGACGCCAUGAUCACCAUCGACGACGGCAUCAGGAAGCUCCGCCUGCUGGACGCCAAGGGCAAGGUGUGGACCCAGGACAUGCUGUUGCAGGUGGAGGAGAAAUCUGUCAGCCUCAUCGACCAGGAGACCAAGAAUGAGCUGGAAAACUUUCCCAUGGGGAGCCUCCAGCACUGCCAGGCUGUUAUGAGUUCCUGCAGCUAUGACUCCAUCUUGGCUCUGGUGUGUAAGGAGUCAGGCCAAAGCAAACCCGACCUGCACCUCUUCCAGUGCGACGACAUCAAGGCAAACCUGAUCCAGGCCGACAUCGAAAGUGCCAUGCUUGACUUCAAGGGUGGCAAGGUCAAAAAGAGGCCGGAUGCACUUAAGAUGAUCCUGAAGAGUGAUGGAGUCAUCCCCCCUCCCCCCGCAGCCCCCGCCCCCGAGCCACCCGCCACCGUCACUCAGGUGGAUGUGAAGAGCCGCGUGGCCGCGUGGUCAGCCUGGGCCAAUGAGCAGCAAGACUAUGACAAACAGAGGCAGUACUCAGAGCAGGACGAACCUCCAGAGAUGACGGCUGCCAGGGUGGACCGAGAUGUGCAAAUCCUGAACCAUAUCCUGGACGACAUCGAGUUCUUCGUCACCAAACUUCAGAAGGCAGCGGAGGCGUUUAACGAGCUGUCCAAGAGGAAGAAAUCAAAAAAGAGCAAGAAGAAGGGACCAGGAGAGGGCGUACUAACACUGCGGGCAAAGCCUCCCACUCAGGACGAGUUUGUGGACUGUUUCCAGAAAUUCAAGCAUGCCUUCAACCUGCUGGGGAAGCUGAGGUCACACAUCCAGAACCCCAGCGCUGUGGACCUGGUGCACUUCCUGUUCACGCCUCUGAGAAUGGUGGUGCAGACGUCGGGCGGCGUGGAGCUGGCGAAGAGCGUCCUGGUGCCGCUGCUGACCGCCGAGGCCAUCGACUUCCUGCACUCGGCCGGCACGGCGGAGGAGAGGCACCUGUGGGUGGCCCUGGGGGAGGGCUGGACCAAGUGCAGACUGGAGUGGCCGAAGGACCACUAUUUCCCACCGUGCACGCUGCAGUUUCGGGACGGCUGGGAGCCCCCGAUGCUGGCCUACAUGGGCCAGGCCAGGGAGCACGAGCUCACCCAGCUGGCCGAGUCGCUGGCCCAUGCCGAGGUCCAGAGGCAGGAGGAGGUGGCACACAGGCUGGCCCAGGAGCAACCGGCAGUGCAGGACUUCCCCUCGGCAGACGGGAACUAUGAUGCCCACACCAGAGGCCAGCCAAAAACUUUCGCCAAAUCCAAGUAUGACUUUGUGGCCAGAAACAACACUGAGCUCUCCGUGGUCAAGGACGAGGUCGUCGAGGUGCUGGACGACAGGAAGCAAUGGUGGAAGGUGCGCAACGGCUGCGGGGCGUCGGGCUACGUGCCAAACAACAUCCUGGAGAUCACCCGGGCGGUGGACAUAACGGGCCGCGGAGAGCCCAUCUACAGCCACACCAUCCAGAAGCAGACCAGAACAGACCAUGUCACCAAGCCGGCAGCGACGCCCAUGCCCCCGGCCCCCGCGCCCCCCCCGCCGGCCCCGGCCCCAGCCCCUGCCCCAGCCCGCCUCCCGACCCCUCCUCUGCCCCCCCCGGCCGCCGAGCCCCCCCGGCCGGCCGCCAGCACCGUGAGCCGCCAGAACAGCAACACGUCCAGUGACAACGGCAGCGUCACCAUGAGGGACCAUCCCAACCAGAGGCCCCUGCCCGGCAACCGCAGGAAAUCCAACAUGGAGGAGGUGCAGGAUGAGCUGAUGCACAGGCUGACCCUGGGCCGCAGCGCCCAGAAGAAGUUCCAGGCGCCCCCCAGGAGCACCAGCCUGCCCCCCUCGGUCAACAUCACCUACGACUCCUCGCCCGACGAGGUCAAAUCUUGGCUGGAACUCAAGGGCUUCAGCAGCGUCACCAUCAACAGUCUGGGAGUGUUGACAGGAGCCCAGCUGUUCUCCCUCAACAAGGAGGAGCUGAAGACCGUGUGCCCGGACGACGGCGCCCGCGUCUUCAGCCAGAUCACCGUGCAGAAGGCCGCUCUCGAGCGGAGCUCCGGUUCCGAGCUGCAGGAGAUCAUGAGGAGGCGGCAGGAGAAGUUGGCUGCCAACGCCUCCGACUCGGGGGUGGAGUCUUUUGACGAGAGCAGCAGCCACUGAGGCCUUCCCCCAAACCUGUGAGCCCCCGAGCCCCUAAGCCUCACCCCCGUCUCUCAUGUCGUUGCGUUGUUGUUUCCAGAGUGCAGCGGACCGAGCCGAGUUCGUCGAGAUCAUGCGCCGCCGACAGGAACUUCUGCAGCAGUCUCCGUAGAAACAAACACACACAAUCAAACAAACAGUAAAACCCACACAAUCGGACUGGGGAUUCACAACAGGGAAACAUUCAGCCACGCGUCUGAAGGGAAUGUGAAUAGUUGUGGAACUGUACAUCUGAUCGGACUAUAUCGUCAUUUGACAGGAAUGAAUGAAUGAAAUUAAUAAUGGUGUAAUAUAGCAGCAAUGUUUUGAAAGGGUAAUCGCAAGCAUGGACUGUUGUCUCUCGUGUUAUUUGGCCACAGAUUAGUGCAGCACACUAAAAAGGAAAUGUAUCCGGUUUCUGAGAUCUUCUCAUAUAGAAGGGAAAUGGAGUCAACCAAACUAAAGUUUGUUGAUCCAAUUUAAUAGUAUUUGAGAGAAUUGAUUAAUGUGAAUAACCAAUAUAAAUAUAAUUGUUGUGUACAUUUUCUGAUUUGCUGGCAAAGCAAACAUAUUUAUAUACAUCAUCCUUUUUUAUUUAAUGUUAUGCCAAAAGAGUAACUUAAUAUAACUGACCAGACUGAAAUAGAGGCAACGCUAAUGUAACUUUUUUUUGUCAUUCAUAAAAUACGUCAGAUAAGAUCACUUUAUAUAAUAUCACUAUGACUUUACAGAUACAUGCUUCCAUUAAUCUCAUGUCAGAUUGAAUAUAGCCCUUGCUUACACCUUACAUUAAAGCAGAGAAACUGCUACCGAAGUCCUUUAAGGCUUUGACAGGUUACUUGUACGAGGCCGCAAGUCAUGAGAUGGGCCUAUACGCACAUUUGCACAGCAACAGGAAAGUUCUAUCACUCAAGGACUAUAUAGGCAAGACAUAACAAUCAGAUCUAAAAUCAUUAUCGCAGUCGAGUAUUUUCCUAUAGUCAUCUAUGUUGGAGGAAGACAUGGAUGAGCUUGUUCAAUGGCUGUUACAGACAUGUCUUCCUCACAGCAGCAGCCUACUUGUUUUCUGUGUGUGUGUGUGUGUGUGUGUGUGUGGGGGGGGGGGUCAUGGCAAGAGAGUUCAGUCUUGUAUCAGGUUGCUAGAUAAAGCACACCUUUCUACUGUAGCAAGCCCCUUCAGUCUGGUAAAAAAAAAGUUACAGGAGUAAUAGGACGAAUGCUAGAAUUCCAAGAUUCUUUGUUUGACCAACUUAACAGAGUAAUAAGCAUGAUCUUGCAACAUGUGGAACACCAAGCGCUGUUAUCCAUUUUGUUAUCUUUGUUACUAAAGAGUAAAGCUGAUAAACGAUGGUCCGUUUUUCUUAUUCCGGGUGAACGUGACGAACAAGGAUACUCGGGACACAAGGACUAGUCCACACACGGUAACAAGAGGAACGGAGUGUAAUUUAGCACACGUAUAAUAUAUAUAUAUAUAUACUGUAUAUGCCUGCACAAGAGAUGUAUCUUAACCAAUUGAUACAGUGUUGCUUAAAUGUGUCACUUUUAUAUGGCUUCAGCUUUGCUCUGUGAUGUAGAUCUGUUUGUCCAGUUUACUCCAGGGGUACAGGGGUACAACCUAUGAGUGAAUGUGUCAGUUUAGGAAGGAAGUUUGUCCAGUGCAUGUCGGGACACUUCAGGACCCUUGGCACAUGUUCUAGUCCAACAAUCGCUGACCCCUCCACCCCCACCCCACCCGCCAGAACUAUCUGUGUUUGUCUGCAAUGCUAAACGUUAAGUUAUAUAGAAAGGUCGAUUGGCUCGUUGCCAUUUUAUUUAGCUAACAUGAGAAAAUGAUUAUUGGAAGUAGGAUUCAUUUUUGUGAAUUGUCCUCCCUUAACGAUGUGCAAUCGCAAAGCGUUGUUGGUGUCAAUCAAGGAAAUACUAUGUUCUUUCAGGGGGGAUUAUUACAUUGUACAUUUCUAAUUGUAUGUAGUUCAUGGUGCCUUUUUCACUUAAAUCUGCUAAUUCUGCAAUAAAUCCUGUUCUAAA